CGACGGCUGGGUUUUGGGGGUUUGGUGCGCAUUGUUGCCACCGAAAAAACGCCAGCCGUGUGUGGCAUAUCGAACCGCAGGAUGCUUCGGCAAAGGAUGGCCCGAGCCAUCCACCGGUGGAGCUCGCAAUCGUUUGUACCGGCGCGCACAUCCGCUCGUGCGUUGCACAUGAAGAUCUCGCGGGAGGUGCAGGACGCGCUUCGAGUUGGAACACCCGUCGUCGCCCUGGAAUCGACGAUUGUGAGCCAUGGCAUGCCGUACCCGCAAAAUUUCACCAUGGCGACGGAAGUGGAAGCAUUGAUCCGUCAACACGGAGCGUGCCCAGCGACGAUUGCCAUUUUGAACGGCGAGAUUUGUGUCGGGCUUUCCGAGGAGCAGCUGCAUUCGUUGGCGUCGUUCGGUACCCAGGCGACGAAGUGCUCCACACGAGAUAUCGCUGCCGUGAUUGCCAGACGCGGCACAGGCGCCACGACUGUGUCCAGCACUAUGCGAAUUGCCCAUGCCGCGGGGAUUACGGUGUUUGUCACCGGCGGCAUUGGCGGCGUCCAUCGAUAUGUCGAAGAUACGAUGGAUAUCUCGACCGACCUCAUGGAGCUGUCUCGCACGCCUGUGGCGGUGGUGUGCGCCGGCGUCAAGUCGAUCUUGGAUAUUCCUCGCACGUUGGAAUACCUCGAGACACAGGCAGUGCCUGUCGUCGGGUACAGGACCCGCGACUUUCCCGCGUUCUUUAGCACGACCAGCGGCGGGUGCAAGGCGCACAUGCAGCUCGACAGCCCGGAAGACGUUGCGUUGCUGAUCCGCACAAGCCAGGACCUGAACCUGCCCAACGGAUUCAUCGUAGCCGUUCCGAACCCAGCGCCCGUGGACGAAGAGAUGAUCGACAAGGCCAUCCGUGAGGGCCUCGCCGAGUGCCAAGCGCAGGGAGUUGGCGGGAACGCCAUCACGCCAUUCUUGCUCCAGCGCGUGAAUGAGCUCACCAAGGGGGAGUCGCUCACGUCCAACAUCGCCCUCGUCAAAAACAACGCGGUCGUGGGGGCCAAGAUCGCACGUGCGCUGGCAGAUCGCGCUCGCCCGCUAAUUCCUCCAACGACGGCUUCCCUGCCGACAUCGCCGCGCCUUCACUCGACAACCCCCGACGUUGUCAUCGUAGGCGGCGCCGUCUUGGACGUGAUCUCAAAACCCACGACGCAGUUUGUGCGCGGCACAUCCAACAUCGGGCACACCAAGCAGACAUGGGGCGGCGUCGGACGAAACGUGGCCGAAUGCUUGCAUCGACUCGACGUCCCCGUGCUCCUCGUAUCGAAUGUGGGUCACGACUCGUGCGGCGACGGGCUCUUGCGGCAGCUCGACAGCCUCGAGAUGGACUUGUCGGGAGUCAUUGCCGUGCCCAACCACGCAACCGCGACGUACUGCGCCGUCUUGACACCAUGCGGCGACUUGGACGUUGCCAUUGCGGACAUGACGAUCCUCGACAACCUCGAAUGGGGCGAGUCUGUGUCGGUCAAGCUCGCGUCUGCGCGCAUAGUCGUCCUCGAUGGGAACCUGUCGUCGGAUAAGAUACGCCAAGUCACCGAGCCACUCGCGGCCAACCGCCGUCGCCUUUUGUGGUUCGAGCCCACGUCGGUGGAAAAGGCUGUCCGAGCGGUAGAGUCCAUGCAUCGCCUGCAUGUGAUUUCGCCCAAUGCGGAUGAACUCCGCGCGAUUUGCAAUGCGCUCGCCGAGUCCACGAUGGCGACGAAGGUGGCAAUGGACGAUCAAGCCCUGGCGGCAGCAGCGGCGAAACUUCCCGUGCGCGAUGGACUUCAAGUCGUCCGGGACAUUGCAACGGGUGAGUUGCCGCCAUCUCUACCUCGUUCAUGAACCCGACUAUGGUGUGGUGUUCAUGUGCGCCUAGCUGCGAGAAGCAUGCGCGGCGACAAAGGCGAAGACGUGCAUGUCGUGGUAACUCUCGGACGAGAUGGCGUGCUCGUUGGGACGACUGCUCCAGUGCAGCCUGCCGACGCCCCCGAUGAGAUUGUGUUGGGAAUUGCCGAUGGGUUAUCCUUUGUGUACCUCCCCGGUAUCCCCAUGGCUGUCUCCAACUGUACAGGGGCCGGCGACAGCUUCGUGGGAGGAGCAGUGUAUGGGCUGCUCCAAGGCCAUGGAAUUGUCCGUAGCAGUAAACUCGGCAUGAUUGCCGCGCGAAAGAGUAUCGGAUCCGAAUUCCCCAUCCAUCCCGACUUGUCCCAGCGAGACUUCGCUUGAACGCCAUGUAACCACACAAUCGAGUGCAUGCACGAAUCUGCGCCAUGUUCCAUGGCAAAGAUUUCGGUGGCCUUCUCCGCACCACAUGCGGCGGAUGCGCCACGUGAUUGGCGGAUUCUGCUCGGAUAACGUAGAAAGGAGCCGUUUGAUUGGCUGACAGUAUCCGGACACCCGGUUGCGCCCUUC